GGAAGGAAAAUGGAGACGUUUUCGGUGUCUGUGAACAUCGCACCACAGAGCAGCGUCACAUUCACUCUUACUUAUGAAGAGCUGCUGCAGCGGCGUCUUGGCAGCUAUGAGAUCAUGUUAGGCGUCCGACCGAAACAGCUGGUUCAGAAUUUUGAGAUUGUGGUAGAUAUCUAUGAACCUAAAGGAAUUGCGUUUGUGGACGUCAACGGUACAUUCAUCACCAAUGAACUGCUCCCUCUAGUGAAGAAAACUGUCACUGAUAAAAAGGCAUAUGUGUACUUCUCUCCUACACUGGAACAGCAGAAGACAUGCUCAGACUGUGAAGACACUUUGAUUGACGGAGAUCUAUUCAUCAGAUAUGAUGUGAACCACCCACAGGAUAUAGGUGAAAUUCAGAUAAUAAACGGCUACUUUGUACACUUUUUUGCCCCAGAUGAUUUGCCACAAAUGCCUAAAAAUGUGGCAUUUGUGAUAGACCGAAGUGGCUCCAUGGAGGGAGAGAAGAUGAAACAGACUCGAGAAGCUCUGAUGACUAUAUUAAGUGAACUGCAUGAAGAUGAUUACUUUGGGCUGGUCACGUUUGAUGACACUAUAGAGUCGUGGAGACCAUUUCUUAGCAAAGCUACACCAGAGAAUGUGACAGAAGCGAAAGAAUUUGUUCGGACUAUUAAAGCGAGACACAUGACCGAUAUAAACAAGGGCCUUUUGUAUGCGGUGGACAUGCUUACCUCCGAAAAAAGUGACUAUUUCCCAGACAUGUCCAUGAUCAUUCUACUAACUGAUGGCCGACCCAAUUCUGGCCAGCAAGAUCUUUCCAAAAUCCAAGAAAAUGUCCGUAAUGCUAUUAAUGGAAGCAUGAGUCUCUUUUGUUUGGGCUUUGGCUAUGAUGUGGACUACAGCCUUCUUGAUAGGUUGGCCAAGCAGAAUGAUGGACUCGCUCGAAGAGUCUAUGAGGCCUCGGAUGCUGCCCUUCAACUACAGGGUUUUUAUGAUGAGGUGGCUACCCCACUUCUCUUAGAGGUGAAUCUCAAUUAUCCCGGCAAUGCUGUAACUGACUUGACACUAAGUCACUUUAGGCAAUUCUUCAAGGGCUCUGAGAUUGUGGUAGCAGGACGUCUACAAGAACUUGAGACCAACACCUUUCAGACUGAAGUAUCAGCACACAGGUUGGAAGACCAGUUUGUGGUCGAGGGUCUAGCGAUUGCUGAAGAGUGGGACAGUGUGUUUCCUGAUCAGGAGUACAUCUUUGGGGAUUUCACAGAGCGACUGUGGGCAUAUCUGACCAUCCAGCAGCUCUUGGAUAAAAGAGAGAAAUGCUCCCCAGAGGACGAGGAGAACAUCACAGCUGAAGCUCUAGACCUUUCUCUAAGGUAUAACUUUGUCACACCUCUUACCUCCAUGGUGGUCACCAAACCAGAGACUGAAGAUGAACCGCUCAUUGCUGACAAGCUGACUGAAGAGCAGCGAGAAGACACAACAGAACUUGAUAUAAGUGCCUUCUACGCUCCACCUCAAUUGACUGGCAGUGCUCACCCAAUCCAAACACUAAAAACCAAGAUAUUAUCUUCAUAUUUUGUUGAUGGAGAUCCACACUUCAUCAUUGAGCUGCCAGACCAGAACGAUGCUCUGUGUUUCAACAUUGAUGACAAACCUGGUACCAUCUUCAACCUGGUUAGAGACCCACUUACAGGCAUUGUAGUGAAUGGCCAGAUCAUUGGAGAUAAGAAGGUCAUCCCAGGAAACAAGAUACACACCUAUUUCGGGCGCUUUGGGAUUGUUCAUGAGAAGUUUGGUGUCAGAUUGAUGGUGAGCACAAAGGAGAUCUCAGUGUCUGAAAACGAAAAACAGGCAAAAUUCUCCUGGAUUAACAACAAGACUUUAGAAGGACUGAACAUGGAUCUGCAGGUGAUCAAAGAUCUCAGUUUAACAGUGACCUUAAGGAACUCAGUCAAGUUUCUUAUUAUACUGCACAAAAUAUGGCAGAAGCACCCAUAUCAUCAAGACUACCUCGGGUUCUACACCUUGGACAGUUACUUGAUAAUUACAGGCAGUGUGUUGGAGCAGGGUUGGAACUGGUGUCUGCAGGACGGUUGCUCUCCAAGAGCAGGGUUGAAGAUCCCUGGUCUAGUGCAUGAAUUUAUAAGGUUAUUUUGUCAUCCAGAAUAAGAGUCUGAAAUUGGGUGAGUUGUAAAGUUUGAAAGUAAAGCUCCUACAGUGCAUUAAGAGUCCAACAUUCCACACUCAGCCAAUUAAGUGCAGAAAAAAAUGUGAUAGCCUGAGGGUUUUUUCAUCUCUUUAACAACAGCUUUCUUUGGACUCUAUUUUUUACUGCAGGUCAGUUCUACCACGGCGUGAACUUUGAGGUCAGUGACUUGUUUCCAGGAAAGGACCCUGAUAAACAAGAUGCCAACAUGUUUGUGAAAGGAAACAAGCUCACGGUUACCAGGGGCUGGAAGAGAGAUUUCAGACAGGACGUGAAGAAUGGAGAAAAUGUGCCCUGUUGGUUCAUUCACAAUAACGGCACUGGGCUCCUUGAUGGAGUUCACACAGACUACAUCAUUUCUGGUCUCUUCAAAACAAUAUAGAAAACAUCUGUCGCUCAACCGACCUUUGCACUACACACAAAGUAAAUGUUAGCUUUCAUGUAGUCUUAAGUAAAUAAGAUGUGAUGGUUUUAUUUGGAUAUAAUGCAAUAUCUGACAAAGCUGAUAGUAGUUUUUUGUUUUUGUUUUACGUACACUAAUCCAC